UUAAACAUUAUAUUAAGUAACGUUUUGCUAUUGGUUUGAAAGUAUUUAUAAAGUUUGAAAGCAGUCGAAUACACCAGACGUUAUAUCGAUACCUUUAGUUCACUAGAAAUUUCAGAGAUGAUUUCUUCAUGGACUUUUUCCGUUUUCCUCGCUUUGGGCAUUAUCAAAUUUGUUCAACCACAUUCGUUGGAGAAUUCAGCUGGCAGUGGUAUGAAUAUAUUGAAGACGGAGGAUUUAGAGCAAGAUGGUUGGAGGAUGGUAUUUAGAGGGACAUCUGGCAAUGGUCAUAGUGUUUUCCAUGCUUGGAUGGAAGGAAAGAAUUCAAAUCAAGACAAACCAGUUUCUAUGAAACGUUCUCAUGGUUUACAUUAUCGGGAUGACAUCUUAGACAACUGGUCAAACCUUGGUAUCAAGCUGGUUAAAUUUGCGUUCUAUGAUACUGACAAAGAGGUGGCAUACUUGAUCUUCAACGGGAAAGAUAGCGACAUGAACAACUGGUUUGAUAAGAGCCGCGUCAUUGACUCCAGUUGGCCAGACCUGACUUCCAAAAGUACAUUUAACAAAUUCUCCAUUGCAGGACAUACCAUAACUAAUCUACAUGAUCGUCGUUUCUACAUCAACAGAAAUUAUGGUGGAUGUGCAAAUGACCGUGGUCACCUUGCAGUUAUCAAUUCAGCUGUAUCUAAGCCCGUAUGUUUGUUUGACAGCCAGCCAUCGUACCCAGCAUUUAUAUAUUCGAAAUAUAAUUCGGUCGACUUCUUUCAGAGAAGAAUGUUUGGUACUGCAGAUUUCAUGGUGGUUUCCAUAAAAACACACGUUGGCUAAAUGUAAACAUCACAGUGUCAAAAUACCUUAAUUUGUUCAACACUUAUAAGAACACAAACCAUUUGCAAUUGUUAGUUCAAGGACAUUUUUUCUGUUAUCUGUUAAACUGAUUUCUAGGUUACGUUUAUACAAAUUGAAUGUUUAUUUUCCUGAUGAUAUUGAAUUGCGUACAAAGUUUGAUUUUUAAGACAGUUAUGUAACACCAAUUUUUCAAAAUGUCUUGUAUGGAAUGACCAUCAAUAAAUCUUUAACAACAUCUUUACAAUGCAUUGUACAUGAUAUUUCCAUAUGCAGCAAAAUAUUGACCAUUGAAUGUUGUUAAGCUAUGUUUGUGAACAAAAUACAAUAUAAUAACAAAUAAAAACAUACAUGCAACGGAAACAUUUUCAUAGUUCUUAUGAUCAAUUUUCUCAAACUUCUCUGGUACAUGUACAGAAUAAGUGAACACAAUAAGAUGUUCCAAAGCACAGAAUCCCAUAUACAAUGCAAGGCGUGAAAAGCCAUGUUUUUGUUCCUUCACAGAACUUUAAAAACAAAAUUCUUUUCAAUUUAUUUUAUGAUUCCUAUCACGAUACAAACAAUUAUGCUACGGAUUUUAGGGAGGUCAAAGAUGUAUACCAUACCAAUUUAUGCAUAUCAUAUCAUAAAGCUAUAAUGUAAUAAAUUACGAUAAAUAAAAAAUACUAAACUUA